UCUCCACAACUCUCAUAACCAUCAUCACUGUACUCAAUCUCUCUUCAUCUCUUUAGCUUUGCAUUAGAAUCUUAAAGAGUUAGAAAAGAAAACAGAAAUGGAGGGAAUUAAGAGUUUCUUGCACAUUUUCACUCUAUUAUCCAUUGUCUUAUCAGUAUCUAUUACGCCGGUAUAUGGGCAGAUUAACACAUCAUGUACAGCUUCGAUGAUUAGUAGCUUCACACCUUGUUUGAAUUACAUCGCUCAAGGUAGCGGUGGGAAUGCAUCAGCACCUGCAACUCCGUCUACAGAAUGUUGCAGUUCACUCAAGUCACUUGCAAGUAAUGGCAUGAACUGUGCAUGUCUUAUAGUCACUGGCAGUGUCCCGUUCCAACUGCCCAUUAACAGAACCUUAGCAAUUUCGCUCCCCAAAGCUUGCAAAUUAGACGGUGUGCCAGUCCAAUGCGAUGCCUCAAGCUCUCCACUUCCAGCUCCUGGCCCCGCUUCAUUUGGUCUUGCUCCUUCCCCUCUUGGAGCUAUCCCUAAUGGAGGUUCGACUGUUGGAUCACCGAGCCAAGCACCUGAAUCAAAUCCAACUCUUGAAUCACCACCAGUGGACUCGGACAGUCCAACCACAUCCGUCACUGGUACCCGACCAGUUGUUGACCCUUCGUCAGCUGCCAAGAUCUGUCACAUUUCAGUAGUGUCACCAGUGCUGUUUAUGUUAGUAGGAAUUAUGGUUCUAAACUAUAAUUAGAACUUAGAGAGUGGUGUUCUAAACUAUUGUUGUCUGUGUUUGUGUGGUGUGUUUUUUCGUUUCUCUUACAUUUGUUUGGUGCUUGGAUUUUCUGUACCAGUCACUAUUGAUUAUUGAAAUUAUUUAUUUGUAUUCUCUUAUGUUUGAUUCAGAGCAUAGCCGUCGCUUUGGCCGAGUGGUUAAGGCGUGCGUCUGCUAAGUAUAUGGGGUUUCCCCGCGAGAGUUCGAAUCUCUCGGGCGACGUUUUACUCUAUUGUUAUGAUAAUUUUUGAAAAAUUCAAGAAAAAACCUUCCUCCAA